AUGGAGGUGGCCCGUACCUCCAUGAUCCAUGCGGCUGCUCCCCAUUUUCUGUGGCCGUUUACGGUCCGGUACGCCGCGCGUCAGCUCAACCUUUGGCCCCGUGUCUCCUUGCCGGAGACCUCGCCCGCACUGUGUUGGAUGGGGAAGGUUCGCGAUGCGUCACGGUUCCGGGUCUGGGGCUCUCGUGCCUUUGUUCGCGAUACCACCGCGGACAAGCUCUCCUCUCGCGCCAUUCCCUGCGUCUUCCUUGGCUUUCCCCCUGACGCGCCUGGCUGGCAGUUUUACCACCCCACCUCGCGCCGUGUCUUCCCCUCUCAGGACGUCACGUUUGACGAGUCGGUUCCCUUCUACCGUCUCUUCCCCUACCGCACUACCCCUCUCCCCCCCUUCCCCCGCUCUUCCUUGCUCCAGCCUGUCGAGGUCUCUGGUGACUCAGGUGCUGCUGGGGGUGGUCCUGCUCGAGGUGCUACGUCUGGGGGUGCUGAGCCUGUGGGUGCGGAGCCUGGGGGUGCUGAGCCUGAGCGUGCAGAGCCUGGGGGUACUACGCGUGAGCGUGUAGAGCCUGGGGGUGCUGAGCCUAGGGGUGCUGAGCCUGGGGGUGCUGCUUCUGGGGGUGCUGAGCCGGGUGGUGCUGCUUCUGCUGGUGGUCUUCCGGGAGCCUGUCCGCAGUGGUCUCCCCAGCGUGAGCCCCUCUCACCACAGCAGCUGCGCGAGUGGCUUGCCCGGCGCACCAGCCUUCGGAGUCACACUAGAGCUGGAGGUGCUGGAGCUGGAGGCACUGGAUCUAAAAGCGCUGGAGCUGGAGGCGCUGGAGCUGGAGGUACUGGCACUAGAGGUGCUGGAGCUGGAGGUCCUGACGCUGGUGGCACUGGAGCGGGAGGCCCUGGAGCUGGAGGCACUGACGCUGGAGCUACUGGAGCUGGAGGUGCUGGCGCUGGAGGCGCUGGAGCUGGAGGCACUGACGCUGGAGCUACUGGAGCUGGAAGUGCUGGCGCUGGAGGCGCUGGAGCUGGAGGCACUGACGCUGGAGCAAUGGAGCUAGAGGUGCUGGCGCUGGAGGCGCUGGAGCUGGAGACCCUGUGCAGCAGCGACCACCCUGAGUUUGACCUAGUUCGUGCUGCCAGUCUCACUGUCACGCGUCUCCUGGCCACAGUCGUCACUGACCCAUCGUUUAAGUCUAUUGCUGCGUCUGCCUUAGUUGCUGAGCUUGUGGACUUUGCUGCUGCGUGUCGUCUAGACUACGCCGCUAGUCUUGUUGCUGAGUCUGAGUCUGUCUGUCCUCCGUCCGUCGGGGGUGAGUGUGCUCUUGGCACGGAGGACUUUGAGUGUCUUGCGGCUGCUGUACCUCAUCUCGUGGCCUGGCUGCUUGCGCCUGAGGGAGACCCGGAUGCACUGGACAUCCCGACCCCGCGCUCUUACGCAGAGGCGAUUACGGGUCCCUACUCCUCUCAGUGGCAGACAGCCAUGGACGCAGAGAUGGCAUCCUGGAAGUCCACAGGCACCUACGUCGACGAGGUUCCCCCUCCUGGGGCGAACAUAGUUGAUGGCAUGUGGAUUUUCAGGGUGAAGCGGCCGUCGGGUUCUCCGCCUGUCUUCAAGGCUUGUUACGUUGCUCGAGGCUUCAGUCAGCGACAGGGAGUUGACUUCUUCCAGACCUUCUCCCCUACCCCAAAGAUGACCACUCUUCGGGUGCUGUUGCACGUUGCCGCUCAGCGUGACUACGAGCUUCACUCUCUUGACUUCAGCACAGCGUUCUUACAGGGCAGCCUGCACGAGGAGAUCUUGCUGCGCCGCCCACCUGGCUUCACUAGGUCGUUCCCUCCUGGUACCCAGUGGAGCCUCCGGCGGCCAGUCUACGGUCUCCGCCAGGCGCCUCGUGAGUGGCAUGACACACUUAUGACGACACUUGCGGCUCUUGGGUUUGCUCCUUCCACUACUGACCCGUCGCUGUUUCUCCGCGCCGACACUUUUCUACCGCCGUUCUACAUCUUCGUGUACGUCGACGACUUGGUCUUUUCCACUGCUGACACUGAGGCACUCGCCCUUGUGAAGUCGGAGUUGCAGAAGAGACACACGUGCACAGACCUGGGUGAGCUGCGCAGUUACCUUGGCUUGCAGAUCACCCGGGACAGAGCACGCCGCACCAUCACCUUGACUCAGUCACACAUGGUGCAGCAGGUCCUUCAAUACUUCGGCUUCCAGUUCUCCUCACCACAGUCCACUCCUCUGCCUACCGGUCACUCGCUCUUAGCUCCACCUUCGGACGAGUCCGUAGAGCCGAGUGGCCCGUACCCAGAGCUUGUGGGCUGCCUCAUGUACCUGAUGACCUGCACUUGUCCUGACCUUGCGUACCCUCUUAGCAUCCUGGCUCGCUACGUUGCGCCUGGGAGACACAGGCGAGAGCACUGGGAGGCUGCUAAGAGGGUGCUGCGCUACUUGUGCAGUACAUCAAGCAUGGGGCUGGUGCUUGGAGGACGGGGUGACAUUGUCCUCACUGGACACUCAGACGCCUCUUGGGUUGACGACCAGGCUACGCAGCGGUCGUCUCAGGGUUACACGUUCAGCCUUGGUUCCGGCUCUGUUUCUUGGCGGUCUACCUGCUCUUCUUCUAUUCUCAGCUCGAGUUGUGAGGCUGAGAUCUACGCAGGAGCCAUGGCUGCGCAGGAGUUACGCUGGCUCACCUACCUGCUGACCGACUUGGGAGAGCGGCCUCGUUCUCCUCCAGUUAUGUACGUCGACAAUAAGGUCGCUAUUGCCUUGUGUCAAGAGCACAGACUGGAGCACAGAACGAAGCACAUCGUUACUUCCUUGCUCGAGAGCUGCAGCAGCGUGGUCAGCUUCGUCUUGCUUACGUGGCCACUCGGGCCAACACUACUGAUAUAUUCACCAAGGCACUUCCGCCUGGUGAUCAUCAGCGUCUCUGUACUGCGUUAG